AUGUCCAAGAAAUCCAAAAAGUCUAUCAAAACCAAGAAGAGGUCUGCUAAGGCGACAUAUACACUUACUAAGGCGACGGAAAACUCAAAGUUAGUAGCAGCCAAUGCCAUUUCGGACGUGACAGUUGAUUUUCAGGCCUUCUCACACUACAAUCGUAACGGGAUCAACGUGUCUAUCCACGGCCUGCAGUCCAAACACUUGUCAAAGGUCACACGAGAUAGUGUUGUAGCUCUCUUUGAGAGUAACAUGAAAAGUCUCUAUCAGUCAUCAUCCUGGGGAUACGACUCGGUUGCAAAGUACAUGGAACUAUUUGAGGACGCAGCGCGCUAUCUCUUGGUCUACGACCAGAGUGACCAAGUUUUAAGCUCUUUGAAACCACUUGUAGGCUUCGCUCAUUUUCGUUUCGUGGAAGAUGACGGCGCGCUGGUGUUGUAUUUGUACGAAGUCCAAUUGGCUGCCAGAGCUCAACAUUGUGGACUUGGCAAAUUUAUCAUGCAAUUGCUGCUUUUGGUGGCGAGAAAACAAGGGAUGGAACUCAUGGUGCUCACUGUGUUUAAGAAUAACACAGGGGCCAUGAGAUUUUAUAGAGAACGGUUGGGUUUUGCGAUCGAUGAGACGUCACCAAGUGCAUGUGGAGACGACUCUCAGGACUACGAGAUCUUGAGCAAGAGCGUGGUUUAA